AAAUAUGGAGCUCUUCUCCUCCUUCUUCCUUAUUCUCCCUCUCCUCCUCAUCUUCUUCUUCAUCAUCAACACAUCUUCACGCCGGCAUAACUCGCCGGAGACCGGCUUCAAGUCUUACCCGAUCCUCGGAAGCUUGCCGGAUUUGUUGAAGAACCGUCACCGGUUUCUCGACUGGACAACAGAGAUUCUUGCCGGAUGUCCCACUCAGACAGCAGUUUUCCGGAGACCUGGGAAGAUUCACUUCGUCAUGACGGCGAAUCCUGCCAACGUCGAGUGUAUGCUGAAGACGAGAUUCGAAAACUUUCCGAAAGGCGAACGCUUCAUCGCUCAUCUGGAAGAUCUGCUUGGCUCUGGCAUCUUCAAUUCCGACGGAGAGAUGUGGUCGAAACAGAGGAAGACGGCGAGCUACGAGUUCAGCACGAGAUCGCUUCGUGAAUUCGUAUUCAGCAACGCCACCCUCGAAAUCACCUCCAGGUUGGUUCCGAUGUUAUCAGAAGCAGCGAAAAUGGGGAAAGUGUUGGAUUUUCAGGACGUGUUGGAGAGAUUCGCGUUCGACAACAUUUGCAAGUUGGCAUUCAACGUGGAUCCAGCUUGCCUUGGCGGUGACGCAACCUCUGGUGCCGAGUUCAUGCGCGCCUUCGACACAGCCGCCUUGCUUAUUUCGAAGCGGUUCAUGUCCUUGAGCCCUCAUGGAUGGAUGCUCAAGAGGAAGUUCAAUGUCGGGUCUGAGAGAAUACUGAAGGAAUCUGUCGAUACCGUCCACAGGUUUGCGGAUGAUAUCGUCCGUGCGAGGAUGGAAGGGAAAUCGGGGAACAAGAACGAGGAUUUACUAUCACGGUUCAUCAAGAUCGACGAGAUGAACUCUCCGGAUUUGCUUCGGGACAUUGUGAUCAGUUUCAUCCUCGCAGGACGAGAGACAACGUCCUCUGCGUUGAGCUGGUUCUUCUGGUUACUCUCGUUGCAUCCCGAAGUGGAGGAGAAGAUCAUCGAAGAGCUAAACUCGAUCCGGGCAAGAACGGGGAAGAGAACGGGAGAGAUUUACAGUUUCGAGGAUCUGAAACAAAUGAACUAUCUCCACGCUUCGAUAACGGAAUCCAUGAGGUUGUAUCCACCAGUUCACGUGGACACACUGUCUUGUCUGAAGGAUAUCGUGUUGCCAGAUGGAACAUUCGUAGGAGGAGGAUGGGGGAUAAGCUACAACGCUUACGCCAUGGGAAGAAUGGAGAGCAUAUGGGGGAAGGAUUGCAAGAGGUUCUAUCCAGAGAGGUGGAUCAGCAGCAAUGGCGUUUUCCGACCAGAGAACCCGUUCAAGUUUCCAGUGUUCCAUGCGGGACCAAGGUCGUGUUUAGGGAAGCAAAUGGCUUAUAUUCAGAUGAAAUCUGUCGCUGCGGCUGUCUUGGAGAGGUUUGUGAUCGAUGUUCCGAGGAAGGAGGAGCAUCCUGAGUUUCUAAUGUCUCUGACACUGAGGAUCAAUGGUGGUCUGAGUGUGAAAGUCAAAGAGAGAUCCUGAAUACAUAUGUAUAUAUACGCAUAUAUACAGAUUUAUAUACUUAUAUCUAUGUUACUGUUAUAGAUCCUGUUCAUUAACUUCGCCACAAACCCAUUUGUGUGCAUCACUUUCCCAGCCAUUACUGCCAUUAUAAGCAUCGAACAGAGGUCAAGAACAAAAGCAUAUGAGAUGCACCUGAAAUGGGAACGCCGUUUGUAUCGUUCGAUCAGAGCAGUGAAAGGGUUUCGUCAAGA